GGCGAGCAGCAUGGCGCACUUUUCGCUCACGGAAAUGCCGGAUCUCAAGGUGACGGACACGUUCCCGAAGAGUGGCCGCGUGACGGAAGUUUGCAAAGAAUGGUUGGUACGAGAGGAUGGAGCCUUAGCCUAUCAACUGCAAAACCAAGAAAUCAGCGAGCAUUACAGAGGCAAUAAACAGCGCAACCAAAUUGUCCGCCAGGACUUCCCGACUGCCCUGUCGGAACAGAUACGUGAAAAGGAGGAUGCCGAGCGGCAGGCCGCUCUGUACCAUCAGAUGAUAAACGAACAGGAAGAGAUGGAUGCACAGGUUGCCCGCGACAUAGCAGAUCAACUGAAGCGUGAAGCACAGUUGAAGCGACAGAUGGAGCUCCAACGUGGAGAGAUGUUGGCGCGGAAGUUGCAGGACCAGGCUGUACUAGGCGAUCGUAGGCAUCCAUCAUCCGGAGGCGGUGUCAGUCAUUCGGGUCGAGCUGCUGGUAUUGAGCAGGAUUCAAAUUCUUUUCCAUUGCCUCCACGGACUCAUCCGAAGCCAAAGGCAGCAGUGGCUGGCUCGUCGAAUCCAGGCGUGCGGUCAUCGAGCAGCUCGAACGGAUCCCAUUUUAUGGCCCACUCUCCAGCUCCAUCAGCGCAACAAUAUCCACAACCGGAUCUGCACUACGCGUCUUUGGAUUUAAACUCCCCAAAACGACCGCCACCGCAACCGGUGUUCCAGAAUGGACGAUCUGCGCCGUUGAGUCCAAACGGGGGCGCCUAUCAAGAUUUUCAACCCUCGGAGCAAUCCCGUGGAACAGCCAAUUUCAAUCAGUACUCCGAUGAUGAAGAUUCACCUACGUUUGGUGGUGCAGGAGGAGCGUAUGCCAAUAUUAACCUUCACUCGCACACGCCGGAGAAAAAGCAACCUCAACCGACAACGCAGACGGGUGGUGCGUAUCGGCAAUUAGGAUCCCGAUCCGCGUUGUCUCCUUCCUCACAAACUGUGGAUAUUGUUGAUAGUAUUCGGCCGUACGAUAUGCCCUUAUCAACGGACGACUUUCAGUAUCAGUAUCCGUUACCACCGACGGUGAACGAUAUAUCCGGAUCGAGCCAAGGUCCGAGCGGCUCGCAUAGGGGUGGAAUUAAUUCGUCUGCUGCUACACGCUAUGGCCAUAAUAACAUCAUACCGACGACGGAAGCAGACUAUCAGAACAAUACAAACUUUGACAAAAUGUCUCCGGAAAAGUACGUUUCUCCGGCACCAUCAUCGAGUCGCGCCUUUGCAGCACAUGCGGCAGUGGAGCAGGGCGCGUUUGGUCGACGAAAUGAGGUUCCGUUGCAACGAAACACGAAUCCAAUCAAUUACAACCUGUACGAUGAUGACGACAUCGAAGAAGCACUCGCAUCCAGCGGGAGUGGUGUCUUUUCGGCGGCUCCCGUAAACCAACUGGGACUUCCGGUCUCUGCCGCAGCAAUGGAAGCCGCUCCGGGACCGAGCACUCGAUACUCAAAUGGUGGAGCCACUCCGAAGGGUGCACUUCAUCAUCAACACCAUCAACAUCCGCACAGUAGCAGCAGCGCUAUCUACCAAAAUCAACCCUCGCACUCAUCACACGCUUCACCGAGCCACUCGAAGAACAGUAGCUACGACAAGACGGAUCGUAUCCGCACGUUGCAGGAUCUUGGGUUGCCUCCGGACGAAAUUCAGGAGAUCGAUAUGCGGCUCGAGCAGGAGCUGCGUGAUGCGGAGUUGGCACGAAAACUUCAGGAAGAAGAAGGCGGCCAAGUGGACCAGGAGUUCAUCGAUCGCAAGGUAGCGAUGGAGGCGCAGGAUAAAGAGCUUGCCAAAAUGUUGCAAGAACGUGAACGAGCCAAAGCAAAACGCGCUCGUGAAAAAGCCCGACUUAAGAAGGAACAGCGUCUGCAGCAACAGAAGCAAGACAAUCCAACAGAAGGGGUCACUUCGGAAGACGAUCCAACAGCCUUUGGGGAUGGUGCAAUGGAUGCUUCAGGUGGUUCUCCAUCCGCUGCGGAUGCUGAUGUAGGUGGUGGUGAUGCUUCCUACUCGAAUCCGAUUGAUAUGCUGCAACAACCGCAAAGACCACCCAAAUCCGGUGCUUCGAAUGGGGCUUCAUCCUCGGCCCGGGGAUAUUAUGGACCACCGAUCGCGGCUCCAGCUUCAGACCAUCCGCUGCAUAAUCAUCGUACGCAAGGCAGUAUUUCCUCGCACGGAUCAGGCUCCGGUAGCCACAACGGCACCAGUCUCCACUAUCAUACCCAGCAAUCGAGCCCCCCUGCCGUUCAUCCGAUCAGCGACGAGAACUAUUCAAACCCGGUCGACAUGAUUAAGCAGCAGAAGCAACAGCAACAGUUACUGUUCCAGCAACAACAAUUACUGCAGCAACAGCAGCAGCAGCGUGGAGGGCCGAACCUAAAGCUCUCCGCCAACGUGCAACGCCUGGUGGAAAACGGACGAAAGGAGGAUGAAAUCUACGUGCUACCAGUUUCGCAAGAAGAUCACCCUGCGGUAGACCUCCAGUCAGCACCCAGAAGUCCACAGAGACCUGGCACGCAGCUGUUGGAUGGGCGAAGCGUGAACGGUACCCGAGUGGUAGCCCCAUCUGGAUCAAGGAACCAAUACCUUGAUGAUACUAAUAUUGCGACGAAGAUCGAUCCUACCUUUGGUGGAGUUGGACAUUCGCCCACAUCGACAGGAACCUCUUCGUCCGCAGUCAACAUACCGCAACCUGAUAUCCUGGAAUUCUCUGAUCCCGGUUCAUCUAGUCCAGUGCCGCCGCCGUACAUGCCGAUACAGGGAACGCGUCGAAAUAAUUCCGCUGAAGGCAAGAAGCGGAAAUCGAAAGAGCGCUGCGCUCAGCAAUGAAAUACACCCUGAAAAUUGAUCCCGUAAUCGUUGCUGCCGAAGUCAGAGCUCUGCUGAAAGUACGCCAAAUGGAGGGAGCGUAUUGAAACAUAACUCCCAGCAUUUAAGGGCGUUGGAUUUACAUCCAAGAAUGGCGUGAAGUGUGUCUUAUGAAUGUUUACCGUACACAAGAGUGGGGCUUCUUUAAUUUCUUUUAUUUACUAUGCGUACUAUGCGUGAAUUUGAAAUGAUAAGAGAUAGAGAGAGAGGCGUUAGGAGGUUGUUACUCGUGGUGGUUGUAUUUAUCGACCGUUAGGAUAUUAAGCAUGUUUUCCUGAGGCGCUUUUGCGAACAAAAGGAAGGAGGGAGAUUAUAAAUCUAAACUCCACGGUAUUUAUCGAAGGUUAGGUUUCGUGUACAGCUUUGCAUCGUCAUUAGGUGCUAUUCGUCCCAAAAAGGAUGACCCUUUGUGUAUUUAA